CCUCCGGCUGUAAUUGCGUAACAGCUGCGCAGCAUUGACGGAGGAAACGUUCAUGGCUCUACAAGGAAGAAGAUCAACUUUGGCGGUAGACUAGUCCCCUCACACGUGCAAGUCUACCGGUAACGGCAGCGAUGUCAAAACUAAAAAGGAAAAAGUCUACGGUGGAGGAUGCUGGAGUCCACGCAACGUUCAGGACCAAGGACCCCCACGAUGGGCUGCGCUCUCACAGUAGUAGCGCACCGGAGCGUGGGCCUUGGUGGACCGCGUCCGAGCUAACGGAGCCAGAGAAACUCUGGGCGUGCGUUCUCCAGACCGUGUGUCCGACGUUCAUGGACGCUGCCGCUGUGUGUUGCGUUCCAGAGUUACCGCCACCCUCCACGGGAACUCGGAGGGCAGAGGACAGGGAGCAGGCAUGGUGCAGCCUGGAGGGAGAGGUCAGUGUUCCCCUGUUUCCCCUCGCGCACUCCCCUCGCGAACUCCCCUCGCACACUCCCCUCGCGCACUCCCCCGGGCCGGACGACUCAGUCCACAGCACAGUGCACUUCCCCCUCAGCCAAAGGGACCGACAACCUGACACAACGGAACGACAAAGCGCAGCCCCUACUCUGCGCCACCUAGAGGCAAGUCAAAGGAAUUGCCCGUCACUGUGGAAGCAGACCGAGACCCCUGACUCUGCCAAUGAGGUAACAGAGGGCAGGGAAUGGAGGCUAGAUGGGAUUACUGCCAUUGUUGCCGGUGGGUCGUUAGGGAAUUCUGGAAAAUCUCGAGGUUUGGAGUGGGGAGUGGGAAUCAAGCCUCACAAGCAAACAUCCAGUUCCCAUAACAACGGAGCUGCUAUCUCAGAAUUUGCAGACUGGCAAGCUGGGAAGGGGGAUGGACAAGAGUCUGGGAGGCUCUUCGGAUCGGGAAUCAGAAUGUCCCGACUGGAGCGGGAAUGUCCACCCAAAACUGGGUCACCAGACAUCGGAACUGAAUCUGGACUAGAGACUGAUGCCAUGGUCGGAAAGUCAGAAGGGUCUGGACCAGGAUUGGAAGGAGCAGGACUGGAAUGCUGUCCAAUGUGCCUGAUGCUGUUUCCCGAAGGGUUCUCUCAAAUGGAGUGUGACAGCCAUCUUGCCCGGUGUCUGUCAGAUAUGAAUGGAGACAUGGCGUGGUGAUCAUCAGUGCAUCACUCUCGAAGACUGUUUGUGUGCCCUCCUCCAGAUCACACCCGGGUGACACCCAGAUCCUCCCAGUAGUUCCUCUUGGUCUGAAUCUCUUAUGGUUCAAAGCAGGUGUGACAAUUUAGAAAAUCCUUAUUCUCAGUAUCAAAAAUCCACUUGUUCAUUUAGCACAUGCCUGUAUGUUUUCUCUGCAAAUAUUGAAACUGGAAUCUAGAACUGUCCUAGGGCUGACCUCAAACUGUCCUAGAACUGUCCUAGGGCUGUCCUAAAACUGUCCUAGGGCUGACCUAAAACUAUCCUAAAACUGUCCUAGAACUAUCCUAAAACUGUCCUAAAACUGUCCUAGAACUGUCCUAGAACUGUCCUAGAACUGUCCUAGGGCUGACCUCAAACGGUCCUAGAACUGUCCUAGGGCUGACCUCAAAUGGUCCUAGAACUGUCCUAGGGCUGACCUAAAACUGUCCUAGAAAUGUCCUAGGGCUGACCUAAAACUGUCCUAGAACUGUCCUAGGGCUGACCUAAAACUGUCCUAGAAAUGUCCUAGGGCUGACCUAAAACUAUCCUAAAACUGUCCUAAAACUGUCCUAGAACUGUCCUAGAACUGUCCUAGGGCUGACCUAAAACUGUCCUAGAACUGUCCUAGGGCUGACCUCAAACUGUCCUAGAACUGUCCUAAAACUGUCCUAGAACUGUCCUGUGAUUCUUUGAGUCUUCUGUUGUCCCCCCCCAAAAAAAGCAUCAGACACCACGUACAAAGUGAUUACAGUGAACAUUUACUCAUUUACAGUGGUCUAGUUUUACCUUCAUAAGACCGAAACACACACGCCUCACAUCUCCCUCCUUCACUACCUCUCUGUUCCACACUCCAUUAAAACUUUAAUUUCAUUUUGAAUAAUUUAUAUAACAAAUAGCCAAUAUAAAAGAUUCUCUUGUAGCAUGAUGAGGGGGUGAAUAUGCUUUUGGGUCAACAAAUAAAAUCCAUUAAAAUCA